AUGGAACCCCUAAUAAGUCUUCUAUCAUCUGAUCUUGAAGAUGACAGCAAUGGUAGCAGGUCUCUAGCUAUCCCAUCUUUCAAUUUCAUCUUACCGAGCCGACCAAAUACUCCCUUACCUCACGGUGAGACCUCGUACUUGGGGUCAACAGGCUUACUGGAUGAGUCCGUCAGUCAUGAGCUGGGCCUUAAUGACCCAAUAUGGUCUCUAGACCUGACUAUCGACAGCACAGAUCAGCUAGAAGCCGUUGACGGCUCUCAAUUUCCAAUAGAAGCAUCAGGACCUUUGUUGAUGGUACCAGAAAUCGAGUCACUUGAACAACAAUUGAGAGGUGCCAUAUGCCAGCAUGCCCACAAAGAGUCCAAAGGAUUUCUUCCUCUGGACAAAUUGAAUGAAAUCGUUAUCGAAGAUUCUCAACCACAAGAGGUCUUCGCCUUUAUGGAGAAUAACAUCACGGAUCUUGACCUGCCUCUUGUCAAGGUUCGCGGGGAACACAAGGGUCGAUAUGAACUGAGACGGAAGUUCCAGCCAAAUAGGCCUUUGGAAGGUCUUGACAAGUGGUCGCCCUUCUUGAUAGACUCGUUUGAAGGGUGUCAGUGGAUGAUGAUGUCGCCUUUUUUCUCGUGGGAAAACAAACGGGCUGUCCGCACAUAUUUCCUCGCAGACCAAACUAUCCUCCCUUUCAUAGAGGACUCUUCUCGUGACGUCGACAUGGAGGAUGAUGAGGAUUUCCAAGGAGGCCACGGGUCCAUCUUCAAAGUCAAGAUACACCCAGCGCACCACAACUUUCAUCACAUCGCCGAAGCUCAUGACUCUGACUCUGCCUUUGCGGUGAAGCGCCUCCACUCUCGCAGUCGCGAAAUGUUCUCAAGAGAGGUAGAUGCCCUGAAGCGACUAAGUGGCCAGAAGCAUAUAGUUCCACUUCUGGCUACAUUUGAAUACAAGAACAGCUAUCAUCUGCUGUUUCCGUGGGCGAAUGCAAACCUGCGGCGAUACUGGGCCAUGUUCCCCAGCCCAUCCAUUGAUCGUCGUUACGGGCUUUGGGUAGCCAAACAGUGCAAAGGCAUGGCUGAGGGGUUGAGCAUCAUCCAUGAGCCUCCGCCCGACCAGAGUGACGACUAUGCCUACGAAGCUGCCUUGCAGCCAAGCCACAGACAAUCGCAGUCGUCACAGUCUUAUGGCAGACAUGGAGAUAUCAAGCCAGAGAACAUCCUUUGGUUCAGGAACGGGCCCAACACUGACAUCGGAGUUUUGGAGAUUGCUGAUUUUGGACUUACUCGCUUUCAUAAUAAAAGAUCCCGGUCUAAUAUUUCACCUGUUGGAAUGGGAAAUUCUCCAACCUACCGCGCUCCAGAAUUCGACAUGCCGGACGGACUCUUGUCGCGAUCUUACGAUAUAUGGGCGUUAGGAUGUGUGUACCUCGAAUUCCUUACAUGGUACUUCAUGGGUUGGGAAGGCGUCAUGGAGUUUUCCGCUUUGAGGGAAUACAAGCGAAACAACCUUGAGGCUGACGAUGCAUAUUUUGAGCUGACGGGAGCUCCAGAAACAGGCAACAUAUGCAGCAAGGUUAAGCCUGAGGUGGUCCAUUGGGUGGCAUCACUUCAUCAACAUUGGGCCUGUUCGCCCUUUUUUCACGAUUUUCUCGACCUCAUCAAAGACAGCAUGCUAGUUGUUGAAACAGAUGGCGAGAUUGGUCCGCAGAGCCACCGCAGCUGA